UAUGCGCCACAUUGCUACAGUUGGCGAUUAGGUAUGUUGCUGUGACACUUUUCGAUAGUCCAACCUUCGGCUUUGGUUUCCAGUGUACCGUCAGUCUAUGUUUGGUGUUUGGUGAACGCUUUGUAACGGCGAUCAGCAUCGGGAUUCCUUUCACGACGCGGAGGAUAUACAUUUUCAGACGAAAUGGUCGCCAUAAAAGGACGAAAGAGUUCUACGAAAAAUCCGCCGAUAUUAAGUCAUGAGUUUGUUAUUCAAAAUCAUGCGGAUAUUGUAUCCUGCGUGGCUAUGGUUUUCAUAGUUGGUUUGAUGGUGCAGGUAACUUCACCAUGGGCAUAUACCUUCAUUGCUAUUCAUCAUAAUGUGUCUACUUCGUCAGAGUAUGAAGAUUUCAUUGUGCCUCAGAAAUAUACUACUGGCUGGAAGGAUGCGUGCGCAGUAUUUUUCUAUUUUCUUAUCACUAUUGUUAUGCACGCUGUCAUCCAGGAAUACAUAUUUGAUAAAAUCUCUAAGCGUCUCCAUUUGAGCAAGAUUAAGCUUUCCAAGUUCAACGAAUCCAGCCAACUCAUUACAUUCUAUGUUUUGUCUGCAAUUUGGGGUAUCGAUAUUAUUCUUAGGGAUAAUCUUCUUCUAAAUAUUCCUUCUCUAUGGGAGAAUUAUCCAGAAGUAAUGUCCUUCUCUCUGAAACUAUUUUUCAUCGGACAGCUAGCUUACUGGCUUCAUGCUUACCCUGAAUUAUACUUCCAACGUAUCAAGAAGGAAGAAAUUCCGUCCAGAGUAUUCCAAGCCACAAUUGGUCUGAUCUUCACAGGUGCAGCGUACUUCCUUAACUUUCAGCACAUUGGCGUUAUUUUGUUAGUCCUUCACUACAUCGGAGAUGCUCUCCAGCAUGGUGCAAGAAUUAUCCACUUCGUAGACCAGAAAGAAAAUGCAACUCGUUUGGCUUUCUUAAUCGCUAAUUCAGCCUUUAUCUUCGUCCGACUGGCAACCGUCGCUCUCGCAGCUCUCGUCUUCUUCUAUGGCUUAGGACAAACCGAAACAACUCUUGAUUACACAACUGGUAACUUCAACAUCCCAGCUGUGCGAUAUUCAGUGCUCGGUGUUAUUGUUGCUUUCCAACUUUAUCUUCUCUUUGGCUUCGCGAAGAGAACGAUUAAAAGAGCUCGUGAAAACAAGGCGCCAAUCAUCUCGAAAAUUAAGCCCAAACAGAAAGUCAGGAGGAAGGAAGGAAAGAAAGCAACUCUCUCUGAAGACGACGACCUGCCCGAAGUUGAUCAGGCAACUAAGAAGAAUCUAAGAUCCCGCACUGCUUCUAAAACAAAAUAAAUGGUCGCUAUAUUAGCGGUAGAUAAAUUUUAAACCUGAUAAUGUCCUUUUUGACUUUAAUUCAGCUGCGGGUUGUGGAUCGUUUUUAAAAACGUUGAUAAAUUCGUCGAUGAUCGCCGUGAAAUGCACAAAGAUAAGGUAUAUAUUAUGGAAAAGCAGUAUUGGUUUAUGAAUUGGAAAAUUGGAUGCUGGGCAAAUGGAUUUUAAAUGCUACCAGAAAAAAGUUGUAGGUCGUGUGACAAAGUAAAAUUAUUUUACUUUUCUCUGCAAGAGUUAAACUUUGUGCACGAUGAGACGAACCGUUCUGAUAUUUACACAUUAAGCAGAGAAUAUUCGUUUUUUGUUUUUCUAUUUUAUUAGGGAUUAUUCCAUUUGUGAAUUUUGUCUCGGUUCUUUGAUAUGCAGAUAAAUACCACCUGCUGAGAGGAGACAGAUUUUAUAUAAAAAAAAAAGUUAUUGUCUUCACCGACGAUGACGUUAUCAAUUUUGUAAAAUACAAGAGUGAGAACUGAUUAAGCAUUUCUGAGAAGCAUAGUAUUUUUUCUUAACUUAUGCAUAAUACGCACUUUUAAUCUAUAUUGUAAUUUCUGUAAUGUUUUAAUUACAGUUAUUAACAUUUCACGCGUGUUAAGGUUCACAGUCUAAAAAAAAUUGUACGAUUCGUGGCCUAAUUUGCAAAAAAUAGUGAUCAGAAACAUACUAUGGUACCAAAUUGUUAUUGUUUCGAUUUGAGUUCGAUAUAUAUUGUUAUUACAUCGAAUCACAAUGGGUCUAGCAUUUAAUCGUAGAGACAUAUCUAUUUAGGUUAUUAAAAAAUUUUCCUAUGGGUACAUGAGACGAGCAUUAAAACAAUAAUGAAAAAG